AGGUUAUCCUUUCAAACAAAUGUCAUUAUUAGGGGCAAUGAACGAUCAAAUUAUUUAUUAAAAAACCUAAAAAGCAAAAUUUUAUUGUGAUAAUCGUAUAGUAUAGUUAUGUAACUUGUUAUUAACAUUGACGUGAGUUAACGCCAUAAACCAAGGCACUUCCACCCAUGUCAUCUUCGCUCACUGUAAUCAGUCGGUAACCUACAUGGUAUUUGAAGAAAGUAGCUAAUGGAGGUCAAUGGUGAACCGGUAACGUGGGUGCUGACGUAGAUACCAGACGAGUUUCCGCGAAGUCAGUGGCGGGGGCAUCAGUUCGUGCCGGUAACCGCUCCGUCAACACGCCGUUCCAUUUAACUGCGGCAUUUAAAAAGUUACUUAUUCGUCUUGAUCGUGAAAGUUAAAUCGUCCCAUAAUGAGUGGUCGAGCCGAGAAUGUCGGCAUAUUGGCCAUGGAAUUUUAUUUCCCGUCGCAAUAUGUCGACCAAACGGAAUUGGAGAAAUUCGACGGAGUAUCUGCAGGCAAAUAUACCGUUGGUCUUGGGCAGAACAAGAUGGGCUUCUGUUCGGACAGGGAGGACAUAAACUCGUUAUGUCUGACGGCGCUGCAUAGGCUUAUAGAGAAGAACAAUAUUUCCCUUCAUGACAUUGGUCGUUUGGAGGUUGGUACAGAGACUAUUAUAGACAAAAGUAAAAGUGUUAAGACAUUCCUGAUGACCCUGUUUGCCAAAGAAGGUGCCACAGAUAUUGAAGGUAUUGACACAACUAAUGCAUGCUACGGGGGCACCGCUGCUCUGUUUAAUGCUAUCAAUUGGGUGGAGUCUUCAUCGUGGGAUGGCAGGAAAGCAAUAGUGAUUGCUGGUGAUAUAGCAGUUUAUGGCAAAGGACCAGCACGGCCUACGGGAGGUGCAGGGGCUGUGGCCAUGCUUGUCGGACCGGAUGCUCCCUUGGUGUUUGAUUGUGGUGUCCGAGCUUCAUACAUGACUCAUGCCUAUGAUUUCUACAAAGCGGAUCUGGCAUCAGAAUUUCCUUAUGUAGAUGGAAAAUUGUCUAUAAAAUGCUACCUCAAUGCUCUAGAUAAUUGUUAUAAUUUAUUCUGUAAGAAAAUGAGAAAAGUUGAUCCUAGUUUCAAAGGACUCCUGAGUUUAGAUGGUAUGUUGUUUCACUCACCAUAUUGUAGGCUGGUACAAAAGUCUCUAGCUAGAAUUUGUUUCAAUGAUUUUUUGAAUGCAUCACCAGAUGUACGUGAAAGUCAAUUUCCAGGUUUAUCACAAUUUAAAGAUUAUAAAUUGGAAGAUACAUAUUUUGAUAAAGAUGUUGAAAAAGCCUUCAUGACUUACAGUGACAAGUUGUUCAAUGAAAAAACAUUACCCUCACUUCAUAUAGCCUCUAAUGUGGGGAAUAUGUAUACUGCAUCAUUAUAUGGUGGGCUAGUAUCCUACCUUGUAAGUAAAUCUCCUGAUCAAUUGAUUGGAAAGAAGUUUGCAUUGUUUUCUUAUGGAUCUGGAUUAGCGUCAACCAUGUACUCUAUAAAUAUCUGCAAUGACAUGAGUGCUGGUUCAAAAUUAUCUAAAUUGAUAAACUCAUUGAAUGAUACUAUUCAUUUAUUAGAUAAGAGACAAAGUGUGGAACCUAUAAAAUUUUCAGAGAUCAUGGAAUUGAGAACUGCUAAUUACCAUACAGCUCCAUAUGACCCUUCAGGCUCUAUAGAUGUAUUAUUCCCUGGUACAUACUACCUCAUCCAUAUUGACGACCAAAGAAGACGUACAUAUGAUAGAAGAGUUUGAAAUAUUUAUAUUAUUUAGUAUAAUUUUAUGUGAAUUAUCAGAGGUUGACUGAUAUGGGAUUAUAUAAAAUGAAUAUAAAGCCGAUACUAUAAGUAGAAUCUGUUUGAUAAAGGUUUUUUUUUUAAUUAAUUAUACAGUAUUCUAAUGUUGCUUGUUAUAUAUUAUUUAUGUAACUUAUUUAUCUUGGUUAGGUGUAAAACACGGCAUUUUAUUGUUUCAUUUAGGCAAAGUCAAGUUAUAGGGAGUGGCAAUGAAACAAACUAAUGAUGCACAUAUAAACCUAAAUGUUACUGGUUAAGGUGUCUUUAAAUAAAAAUAAUUUAUUAUUUGAGCAAAAGUAAUGGGACAUUUUAUAUGCAUUUAAUAUAAAUACAGUAAAUAAAGAAAAUAGAUCAGCAGCUAGACAAAUUUAUACCAAUAGUAUUAUACUAAGUAUAUUUUUUAAACAAGUAUAUAAAAUUAUAUUUAUUGUUUAUUGAUAUUCCUCUGUUCAUUGUGUUAGAUUAAUUAUUUGAGAAAAUUGCAGUCAGCUACAAAAUAUUAUUUUUUAAGAAAUUUUUCAUUAAAUUGUUAAUUAAACUAAACUACAUUUGAUAACAUAUUAAUUUAUAUAUGUAUGUAUAAUGAAAUAUUAGCUAAAUUGCUAACAGCUUUGGCGCCCUCAUGGCGUAGAAAAUGAGGAUUCAAACCACAACCAUUUCGUGUUUUUACAAUUUAUUAACCUAAAAAUAUGAUUGUCAUAUUUUAAUACGAUUACAUAGUUAUAUCCAUUAUAAACUGUCACAUUGUACCUUACAUAUGUUAAUAUUUGUUAUGUAAUCUCUGACUGAAGUUUAUUUUAUGUGUGUAAUGAUAUAAAACCAGUGUGUCCAUAAAAUGGAUUCAUUGCAGUUUGUCAAAAAAUGAAUUUAAUAAAUUGUAUAAUUGGUGCUCAAA